UGCAAUGAAAUAUGUAGGGGUGAUAAAAUCAGAGUAACAUUAUGGGGAAGAUUGGCUCAUCAUUUAAGUGAGGAUGUAAUUGGCCAUCAAACUGUUGUUAUUGUUACACCAACAAUGGUGCAAAAAUUCUAUGGUUUGUCCCUAAAGUCAACUAGCGCCACAAGAUUAUAUACAAAUCUAGAUAUACCUGAGACUUGGGAUCUUCUUCACAGUCAUUCGACGGAAGAAAUUCUACCCAAAAUGAUGGAGAUAGAUAAAAGUACUCAAGGCACAAUGGAAGAUCAAAUGUUUUACAGAAGGAGAACAUUACAAGAACUUACCGGGAUCAGGCAUGACAACCCAACAGACCAGGACUUUGUGUUCACAACAAUAGCUACUAUUGAUCGGUUGGAAGAAAAUAUUCAAUGGUGGUACAUGUCAUGUGAUGUAUGCAACAAAAUUUGCACCAAAGAAUCUGAUAGUUAUUAUUGCAGUUACUGCAACAAAUAUCCAGACUGUGCAACACCACGGUACCGCAUUCGGCUCCAGAUUAGUGAUCAUACAGGUACUACAAGUUGCACUUUAUUUGAUGAAGAGGCCAAAAGAAUGCUGAAUACAUCAGUCUCAGUCUUGCUGGAAUCUUUAGAUGGAAAAUCCCAGGAAGUUCCAAAGGUUAUUCAACAAUUAUGUGGACAAAGACUAAUCUUUCGAUUCAAGCUAAACAAUAAGAAUCUCACUCUAGGUAUGCAAAACUAUGCGGUAAAGAAAACAUUUGUUCCUGAUGAUAAGCUCGAGAUGCAGUACUUGGUUGAUAAAGAAGAAGAGGAUUUGAUGGACGACGAAGUGGACAACAUGUUAAAAAAGGGAACAACCAAAUUGGAUGAGCAAGCUAAGAAGGUGACGUAAUACUACACAAUAUAAACUUUUAUG